AUGGAUUUAACUAAUCAAUCACAAGUUACUGAAUAUUAUUCUUCAUCUAAACUACAUCAUAUACCUAAAAAGCUCAAGGAGAAAGUUAAAAUCUCAUGUACAGAGUUUAUUGCAUUAGAUUCACGUGCAUUUGAAUUAGUUUCUGGUGAUGGUUUUGUUAAACUAGCUCAAUCUAUUUUUGAUGCUGGUAAAUAUUUUAAAGCUUCAUCAACUGUCGACGUCAAACAACUUAUACCAUCACCAGUUACGGGAAACACAAUUUUUAUUUACACAAUUCUAUAUUAUAGCAUAUGACUUUCGUAUUGCGGUUUAGCAUUACGCUUUGUAACAGUAGAUUUUAAAUUGAAUAAUUUUAUUCUUGGUUGGAUAUUGUAUGAUGUGGAAUCACAGUCAGUUGAUAAUAUACGUAUGUUUAUUGAUGCUCAAUUAUUAUCGUAUGUCGAUCAACUGCCAAAAAAUGUUCAACAAGGUCGCAACGUUACAUUUGAUCGUUAUUUUACGGAUAUUAAAUUAUGCGACGCUUUAUUAGAUAGAGAAAUGACAUCUAUUGGAGUCGUCGAACACAGACGUCUCUUUUAA